AUGACAUUUUGUCAAACGUCAGAAUGUAUCACUGUGAAAAUUGAAAACGACCAACUUCCAUGUUGUACUAACUAUUUUUGGGAAAAUGGAAAAUGCAAAGAAUGUCCGCCAGGGUAUUUCGGAAAGAACUGUUCUUCGUUGUGUGAAUACCCUAACUAUGGUCAACACUGUCAGAAUACGUGUGACUGUAACGUCACUGAUUGUAACCAUGUAGAUGGAUGCUACGUAAAUUAUUCACAAAUUGAGAUUUCGACAGCUGUAGGUUUACCAGAUGUUACGCCAUUGUUUUCAAUUAUCACUUGGUCAACGAUAUCAUCAACUGGAGGAGACAAAACAAAUAAAAAUAAUAAAGAUAAAAAGAAAUCCGGUUUUGAUAGUUCAACAUUAGCAAUUAUACUUGUGGGUUUUGUUCUUCUGUGUUUAUUCGUAUUGACUGGAGUACCAUGGAUAUCAAAGUUCAUUCGUAGAAACUGUACAUAUGUUGUGAAUGCAGAAGACAAUGAUAUCUAUAGACUAGAAACUGUUUAUAUGGAAAUCAAUGCAGAGUCUGAUCAACAGGAGUCUCAAACCAACACAAUAGGAGCAACUGUCUUAACAAAUUCAUGUACGUCACUGGAUGGAGAGGAAACUAGACCGGAACUUCCGGCAAGAAAUAAUCAAGAUCAAAAGACAAACACAACACACACCAAUAAAGACGAUGAAACAGAUAACGUUCAAAACUAA